AUGCUGUCGGUGAUGUUGUUGGAGAUGCUGUUGGUGAUGUUGUUGGAGAUGCUGUCGGUGAUGUUGUUGGAGAUGCUGUUGGUGAUGUUGUUGGAGAUGCUGUCGGUGAUGUUGUUGGAGAUGCUGUCGGUGAUGUUGUUGGUGAUGCUGUCGGUGAUUUUGUCGGUGAUGCUGUCGGUGAUGUUGUUGGUGAUGCUGUCUGUGAUGUUGUUGGUGCACCGUUUUCUGGUGAUUUAG